CCUGAAGCGACUAACCUUUUAGAUUCUGUACUGUGCCGAGUUGGUUGACGCAAUUGCCCCACGGAUAUUCAUGGCUGACGAAACAUGCACCACACGCACACAAUCCGUUGCCAUGGAUAGUUUCAGCGUCUUCACCUUUAUGCCGAACCGAUCCCAUGUGCCCCGGCACCACCGUGACCGGUUAACUCAUCAGCGCGCACUCUCAUCCAUCAUUAGCACACGCAGCCAUUUCUUCCCUGAGGCCGAGACCCGAGCCCUCACUUGAUUCAUAUAAAAGCUUGCGUUUGACCUAUUUGUCGCUGUUACCUGCUAGACCCCCAGCUUACCCUGCACCCUGUUCAUGCGAUGGUCUCUGAAGAAGGUACCCGACAUGUGCGAAAUUCUCCUCGCAUCGCAGUUGAAGUUGGAAGCCCAGUCGUCACUUUCUAUAACGAAAUCAAGACAGACAUUGAACAUGCUGCUGUGGAAGAUGAUCCUUUCAGAUGGUGCAAUGCACGCAAGACUACUAUUUUAAUUAUUGUUUCAGCUGGCUCCAUGAUCGCAGGGUUAGCUGUCAGCAUACAGAACCCUGCAAAUGCCCACAUUCAGCGUGACCUGCGGGCGUCUACAUCGGAGAUAAGCUGGACGUUAUCAGUCUUUAUUCUUGUUCAGGGAGUCCCUGGCCUUCUGUGGAGCGUCAUCAGCGAAAUAAAAGGACGUAAGUUUGUCUAUGUAUCAUCUGUAGCACUAUUCGUGGCUGCCUCUGCUAUCGUCGCCGUGUCCAAAACUAUUGGUCUGGUGAUUGGAAUGAGAGCCCUUCAGGCUGCUGGCUCGAGUGCGCUCCUGUCAAUUGCAGCAGCCACACUAGCAGAUAUCUACGAACCCCAUGAACGAGGCACUAAAAUGGGCAUAUAUUAUUCUGCUCCGCUCCUGGGGCCGGCGUUGGGCCCAGUAUUGGGUGGUGUGCUGACACAGGGCUUGGGCUGGCGCUCGAUCUUCUGGUUCAUCACUAUUUGCGCCGGAGUUGUUCUCCUUGCUCUGGUUUUCCUAUUUAAAGAUACGUUCAGGAAGGAACGUAGUCUGACUUAUCAAAAUAUCCUGCAAAUGAGGACAAAGGAAGGGGAGCUACAACACCAACACUUGGACAAAUACAGUCAUACUUUUUCUGUCUCUGACAAGCCCGCACAACCUGCACUAGAAAACAUAGCUUCACCGCCGCAAACGGGGGAUCUUAACGUCGAGGCGAAUGGUCCUACCGUUGCACCUGCUUCAUGUAUGAAAGAUGUCAAAGUGUCGCUUGCAGAUGUCAAUCCCUUCCCUCCACUUCUGAAGAUUCUUACACGCUUCAAUAAUCUCGCAAUAUUAUUUGCUUCAGGUUUGAUAUUUGCAUUCAGCUACAGUAUUUCAUAUACCUGUUCGAGAACGUUAUCUGAAUACUACCGCUAUGACGCUCUCCAAAUUGGUCUAGUUCUACUCUCGUAUGGAAUAGGCUCUAUAUGCGGGUGCUUACUUGGCGGCCGCUGGUCUGACCAAACAUUCGCCAGAUUGAAGCAAGAGAAUGGAGGCCAAGGCUACGCCGAGAUGCGAUUGGCCAGCACCCGACCCGCCAUGUGCUUCUUGCCACCGGCUAUAAUUGGAUAUGCCUGGGUUUGCGAAAAGCACGUCCAUGUCGCGGCAAUCUGUAUUAUGCUCUGUCUCUCCGGAUUCCUCUCGACAUGGGUCUACGCAAGCACGCUGGCAUACAUUGUGGAUGCUAACCCAGGCCGUUCGUCGACGGUUGUUGCCACAAAUAGCGCAUUUCGCUGCGUCUUUGCGUUCAUUGCCACUGAAGUGGCUAUUCCGAUUCAGGUUGCCAUUGGCGAUGGUUAUUUGUACACCCUCUGGGGUGGCAUUAUGAUAAUAAUGGAAAUCCUGACACUAGCUGUCCUUUAUAAGGGUAAGAAGUGGCGAGAGGCAUGCGAGGAGAAAGACUGGCGAAAAUCGCAACAACCCUGAUUAAGUACGCUGAAAGUGCUUUUGACACUGCUACUCGAGAAAUUUGCAUCAAGGGCCCAAUGUUUAUAUCUAUAUAAUACUUAUCAGACUCGUUUCUUGAAAAUUUGUCAACUGAAUUAUGCUCG